AUGGGACAAACGGUUUCUUCUGCUUCAUCCUCAGCUUCUAAAUUAUUGCGUUUGGUCAUUCCACGACGUUAUGCUUCUCCAUUGAAUUUGGGUUAUGAAAAAUUGAAUGAUCAAGAUGAUAAUCUCCAUCUCCAGAUUCAUCCUCAAGAGCUGCAAUUUCCAUUUGAGUUGAAGAAGCAGAUAUCUUGCCACUUGCAGUUGUCUAACAAAUCAAAUAAUUGUGUAGCUUUCAAGGCUAAGACUACAAAUCAAAAGAAUUAUUGUGUUAAGCCUAACAUUGGAGUUGUGUUGCCAAAGUCAACUAUUAAUGUUAGAGUUACAAUGCAAGCCCAAAAGGAGGCACCUCCUGACAUGCAAUGUCGGGAUAAGUUUCUUUUUCAAAGCAUAGUUGCAAAACACAAAACAUAUCACUCCAAAAAUGAAGCCACCACAAAAGAUAUCACUCCAAAAAUGUUUGAUAAAGAUUCUGGCUACGUGGUUAAGGAGUGCAAAUUGAGGGUUGUCUAUGUUGAUCCUCCUCGACCGCAGUCUCCCAUUCGAGAUGGAUCUGAUAACGAUUCGAAAGUUUCAAAUAAACAUGUUAAACAACUUGAUACUUCAUUUGAGGUACAUCCUCAAGAGCUGCAAUUUUCUUUUGAAUUGAGGAAGCAGAUAUCAUCCUCUUUGGAGUUGUCUAACAAGUCAGAUAAUUAUGUGGCUUUUAAGGUUAAGACUACAAAUCCUAAGAAGUAUUUUGUUAAGCCUAAUCAUGGAGUUAUGUUGCCUAUGUCUACUUGUGAUGUUAAAGUUACCAUGGAAGCUCAAAAGGAAAUACCUCCUGACAUGCAAUGUAAAGAUAAGUUUCUUAUUCAAGGCGUAGUUGCAAAGAUAGGAGCAACCACAAAAGAUAUCACUUCAGAAAUGUUUAAUAAAAAGUUGGGCUCUAAAGUUAAAGAGUGCAAACUAAGAGUUAUUUAUGCUGAACCUUCUCAACCAUCAUCUCCAAUUCAAGAAGGAUUUGAUGGAUAUUUGUCUUCUCGUUCAUCUGUCUUUUCAGAUCAGGCAAAUGCACUUAUUUCAAAAUUAACUGAGGAGAGGGAUAAUGCUAUCGAGCAAAAUAAAAGACUUGAGCAAGAAUUGGAGCUUUUGAAGAGUAAGACCUGUCAUAGGUUGUCCAAAGGUUUUGAUUUGGAGUUUCAAGACUUGAUCUUGAGAGCCAAAGUGUUUACCUUUUUGGAAACCACGUUGAUUGAACAUUUUAACUCGAAAAGGAUUCAAGAAUCUGCUAUGGCUAUAGCAGAUUUGGUUAAAUUCAGCAAGAACGUGUUUGUUGGAGAGAUUCCUAGUAUUGUUGAGUUCUUGGUGUCGAGAGAUUUGUGUGUUUGUGUUGCGGGUUUGGAUUGUGUUCUUGAGGAUGGUCAUAUUGGGAGAAGGGAAGUCGUUGAAGCUACGACGGAACAAAAAUUGGUGAAGAUCCUAAUGGAUUUGCGAAGAGAAGGUUUUGAUUUUGAUGGUUGUGUUUCGAGAUUUGUGAUACAAUUGGAAGUUGGAGAAGGUUUGAGUAGUGAAGAGAAAAGUGAGGUGAAAUUGGAGAUGUUGAGGUUGGUUAAGGAAGCUUCAAGAUCAGAUGCAGAGUUUGCUACUGUUAGUUGCUGA